AUGCUUAAGAAAAGCAAAUCAAACGCAGGAAAAAAGCCUUCCAAGAAAAUAAAAAUAGAAUUAGUUGAAGAUAUAGACGAUGACGAAGAGGCGCCUGUAAAAGAAUAUAAAGAAAUUGAAAUUGCAGAAACCUUUUAUAACAUCACAUGCUUUGCAAAAGGCUCAAUAAUAGUCUGUCAAAACCGUGAACAAUUAAUAACUCAAGUGAUAUCUGUUUGCGACCGCCAAGAAAACUCCAUAAUUCGGACUAAAAAACAUUUUAAUGGGCGUUCCUGCCGAUUUGUGUGCUAUUUUUCAAUUACCAGAAAAUAUGAUAAAUUUCCUUCAAUUACCCCUGAAAGCUUAUGUCCAUUUAAAAUGGUGUGAAAUGGAAGGAAACGUGAAGAUGGCCAAUAUGAAUUUUAUUGCCGCUCAAUAAAUCCUUACCACAACCAUCCUAGGCCUAAUGACAACGACUGUAAAUCAUUUGAAUCCCAUACUGUUCUCCCUGAAUUUGUGAAAGAAGAAAUUGGCCAAUUCUACCAACAAGGCUUCAGCCGCAGUGAAAUUUUUAACGCAAUUCAACAAAGCUAUCCAAGCCUUAAAAUGUCUUCCAAAGUCCUUAGAUCAUGCCUAUCUAGUCGCACAGGACUUUGGAAAUCCCGUAUGAAUUAUGAUGACAUUGUCAAAAGAAAUAUCGCUGAAGAUGGAAUUAUUCUUAUAAAUAACCCCAAAAAGCAAAGAAUUUUUAUCACAACUAAAGAAAAACUGGCUUUGUGAAACUCAUUAAAAGACAUUUUGCUUAUAGAGACCAAUGGGAAGCUGCAUCCAUUUUUUAAAGCAUCAAUGCUAAUGUUGACUGUUGACAGAAAUGGCAUUAAUUCGAUAAUUGCAAUUGCGCUGCUUAAAGAAGACAAUGAAGAAAACUAUGACUGGACUUUCAAUUUAUUUAAAAAUCAAGGAUUUACUGAGCCUCAAACCAUAAUAACUGACUCUAUAAAAACACAAUAUGAUUCUAUGAAGGAAAAUUUCCCAAACUCCACCAUUUUAUUCAGCCUCCAGCAUUAUGCGCACUCUUGUAAUCUUGGCAUCGGCAGAAAAGGCCCAUUUAUCACUUAUAAACUUAUCAAUGUGUUUCGUGCAGAAACUGAAGAAGAUCUUCUUACAGUCUGAAACAAUCUCCUUAGUGAAUACCCGUCACUCCAAAACUGUGAAGAAUAUCUUGACUUUUUUAACUACAGAGACCAGUGGGCAAAAUACUCAGUCUGAAAUUUUUUUACAGCUGGAUUAUUAACAAGAAAAAGGUCUAAAUCCAUGUUUACCAUCAAAAAAGAAAUAAACAAAGUAAUUGAGCGAGAAGGAAAGCUAAAAAUGUUUUCUCAAUAUGAAAAUCUAUGUAAGGCUGACGAAGAAACUAGCAGCGUAAAACAUAUAAGUGUCAAGAAAAUUGGAGCUCUUGAAGAUGUAGCAGCUAAUGUGAAAGGGAUUGAAAAACUUUAUACUCAAUAUUGCUUGCUGAGGGUUUACGUUGCCCUUAAAUGUUUAUGACAAAUUUUUCCUAGGACGAAUUUAGAUGAUGAAAUCAUAAUAGUUGAUGAUAGAAGCUGAAGGGUGUCAAAAUUGUUUGAAAUCCAUUGGGAAUAUAGACUAUGCACUUGUAAAAGAAUGAUUAAGCAUGGAAUCCCUUGCUCUCACUUACUGUUUAUGUGUAGGCGUAAAAACAAGAAUAUUGUGGAAUUUAUUAUUGAGCAUACAGCGAAAAGGUGGCUUUUGCCUGAACAUGAUGGUAAAACAGAUAAAGAGCUCUUAGGAAUUGCAAUUAAAUUUAAAUAA